AUUGGCAGCUGAAUGCCAGAGUGCCGGCUAUCUGGGGACCCUCAUCCCGUACAAGUGUGAUCUCUCCAAUGAAGAGGAGAUCCUGUCGAUGUUCUCCGCCAUCAAGACCCUUCAUCAGGGAGUUGAUGUCUGCAUCAACAACGCGGGGCUGGCUCGCCCAGAGCCCCUGCUCUCUGGGAAGACGGAGGGCUGGCGGACGAUGAUAGAUGUCAACGUGAUGGCUGUGAGCAUCUGCACCCGAGAGGCCUACCAGUCCAUGAAAGAGAGAAACAUUGAUGAUGGGCAUAUUAUUAACAUUAACAGCAUGAACGGCCACAGCGUUGUGCCACAGUCGGUGGUGCAUUUCUACAGUGCCACCAAAUACGCGGUCACAGCCCUCACGGAGGGGCUGAGGCAAGAACUCAGAGAAGCAAAGACCCAUAUACGUGCUACGUGUAUAUCUCCAGGACUGGUGGAAACGGGAUUUGCUUUUAAACUUCAUGAUAAUGACCCUGAGAGAGCUGCUGCAACCUAUGAGAGUAUUCGGUGUCUCAAAGCUGAAGAUAUGGCUAACGCUGUCAUAUAUGUCCUCAGUGCCCCACCUCAUGUACAGAUUGGAGACAUACAGAUGAGGCCCACGGAGCAGAUAUCAUAGCGAACGAAGAGGUCCGUGAGCAGCACCGUGUAUCCACUCCACUUCGAACCCUCUGGCAAUUUAGGGUAUCGUCGGCUGGCUAGCAACGUUUUAAUCAAGUACCAAGGAUCGUGUUUGAAGAAUUCUUUUUCUCUCCCUCUCUCUGAGCUGGUGCUGGUGCUGAGCCAGUUUAAAAAGAAAUAGCAGUGGGUCUGUUUCUCCCCCACUCCUUUCUGAAACUGCCUAAGAGUAAAAUGUAUUUGAAAAUAAUGCAGGGAAGUGGUUUGUGGAAGAUUGUUGUCUCCAGGCUGGUUUAUUCUUCCUUUUGCUUUCUUUUCAAGGUUUGUUUGAUCUUAUUUGCUGAUGCGGUGUCUGGACAUAGGUGAAGUGGCACAAGAUGUUUGCCAGCUUCAGUGUGCUUAGGGUUUGAGAUUUUCAGUGGAUGUCCUACAUGAAUCCAUCUAAAUUUUGGGUUUAUUUUCAUCAGAUUGAUUACUGAUGGUAAUGACGCAUGUGGUAUUUUCUACUUCUUUCGUACUCCACUGCCCCAAACCCAGUGUACGAUCUCACCCACCUCCCCAAACCCUCCUUUCCCAUUCACAUGAAUCAUGCCUGCCAAGUUUGAGGAAGUAUAAAUGUGUGUGCUUGCUAUUUCUCUUUCUUUCUAGGUAGGUAGGUAAAUAGUUGGAGGAAAAGCACCUGUACUUCUGCAGGUUAGAACGAUCAUCUAAGUGGCAUAGUUACAGUAAGAGUGAGUUGUUUGGUAUUUUUAAUAAAAACUAAAUGUGUGCUGUCUUGUGAUCACCUCUAUCCUCGGUAUCAUCUCCCAGCACUCUUGAUGUUUUUGUAUGUGAUAUUUGCAUGCAUUGACACUUUUCUGGAAAUAUUGAUUGGUCUUAGAAAGAUGUAUGGUGCUGUUUAAAUGCUGGUGCUGAUGAGUUGGAAAUGUUGGAAGUUUGUUUAUAUGCAGAGAUACAAACUCGGAGAGAGGGAGAGUGAAAUGAACCGUGCCGAAGCUGUCCAAAAUGAAAAGAUAUUAGCAGGGGCAUUUGCCUACAAAGCAGCAGGUGAAGGGUCUGGUUCAGAUCUCGUACUAGUUCUACGCUGGUGCAGCCCCAUUGUUUUGCUCUGGAUUUAUUCUAACUUGAGGGAGAAGAGAAUCAGCCUCAAAGCUGAUACACGCAGAGCUGGAGACCACUUGAGUUGUCUUAAGCUGCCUGCAGCGUGGCAGAAACACGUCUGCGUGUAGUCCAACUCGAUGCAGAGCGAUGGAGCUGUUAACGUACAUGUUGCCUUAAGACUGCAG